AACAUAGAUUAACCCAUCGUCGAAUAUCGAGAAACACUCGCACCACGUUAUAAACGUAGUACACUUAAUGACUCAACACUGGUUACCGAGAAUAUUUGUAAACGGUAAUGUACAUUGUAUUUCACAAUGUCGUGUCGAUAUAUUUGAAUAUUUGUGAUUGCCACAGUUUCGUUUCGACAUGGAUUGUUCGGUAACAGUUAGACCUGCGAGAGACGGUGAUGAAAAGUUAAUGCUCGAAUUCUGGGCUAGUGUUGAUGGAGAUAUCUCCUUGUGCGACCAUAAAGCCAAUAUGGUCCUAGAUCCUAACUAUUUGAUGGUGGCGGUAGACAAGAAUGACGAACCGGUUGGAUAUGGAGGACUUACCCAAGCCGCAUCAGAUAUUUUUUAUCUCGGGAACUUCAUUGUGCGGGAAGACUUUAGAGGAAAAGGGAUCGGAAAAUUGAUAUGGCAAGCGUUGCUGGGGCGAGCUGGGGACAGAAACAUCGCCUUGGACGCAGUUACCUAUAUGGAAGAUUGGUAUGCUAAGAAUGGCUUCAAAUUUCGUUCGUCAAAAGUGGGAUUUUUUAAAGUUUGCGUUAAUGAGGAUAUGAAACAAGCCGUUCCGUCAGAAUACACGUGCAGACAUAUAACAGACGAUAUUUGGCCAAUGGUGAUGAAGUAUGACAGAAAGAUUUAUCCAACUUUCGAUCGGGAGCGAAUUUUGCGGGCCUGGCUCGGCGUGGAUGGCACGCGGGCUGUGGUUGCGUUGCAUGGCAACAAGGUAGUUGGGUACGGAAGCAUACAUGAACAGACCAAACAAACAUACGGGGUGAGGAAUGUCUUGGCAGAUAAUGAAAGCGUUGUUGAAAUAAUUUUAAGAGAGCUGUUUAAAGACCUACCGGAAAGUACUGUGGUGCGUUUUAUUAAAAUGGAAGAUAAACCAUUGCCGAAGUAUCUAGAAAACAGUGUUGGGGGUUAUUUUACUUCCCUCCGAAUGUAUAAUAAAUAUCCUGUGGAAGGCAUUGUCGACAAAAUGUGGUUAACAUCAGCGCACAUCCUUUGAAAAAAUCUGUCGUGUAUUUGAAUUUGAAAAAAGAUGUCCGAAAUGUCAAAAAAAAUUGCUUUAAUUUCGUUUUUGAAAUGUCUAUCUGCAAUGUUUUAGCAUUUACAGUAUUUUUAAAAUAGUUAUUAAAAUCGAAAAUGAGAAUUUUUAUUUUUAAUGCAUAAACAGAGAGUGACAAGGAAGUAAUGUUGACGAAAAGUAUUAUUAUAAUUAUCUGCGUACUUCUAUAUGUAUAUAAAUAUAUGCAAUUAAAAAGAAGAAACUAUG